UCGAAAGAACCAGAGCUCCAAGAAAACCCCAGCAAUGGCGGCCUCGCUCGUCGCUGCUCCCCUCUUCACCCAUGAUCUCCUGUGUUUCCAUCCCUUGGUUCGUCGGAUUCCUCUCCUCCACCACCGCCUGCGGCACCGAUCGCUUCGUGGAAUCGCAGCUCGAUCGGUGCGGGAAGAUCGGGUUGCGGUCGCGGAGGUGGUUAAUGGAGAGGAGUCGGUGAGGGUUGCGAAGGAUGAGUAUGAUUGGAAUGGGAAUGGGAACGGGAACGGGAGCUGGAGGAGUUUGGAGUAUGGAGUGGAGAGGGGGAGUGAGAAUGGGGCUUUGGAAUUGGAGGUGUAUGUGAAUGGGAAUGGAGGCGCAACGAAUGGGAGUUUGGUGAAGUAUGAGGGUGAGAAGGGGGAAGUUGGGGUGGAUAAGGAAGAGAAGAAGAGGAAGAGGAGAGUGGAGGAGAUUGGACAGGAAGAUGCGUGGUUUAAGAAGAGCGGCGGGGAGACGCCUCAGGUUUCAGUUGCUCCUGGAGGCCGUUGGAAUCGAUUUAAGACAUAUUCAACUAUUCAAAGAACUCUAGAAAUAUGGGGAUUUGUUUUUACUUUUAUAUUUAAAGCCUGGUUGAACAACCAGAAGUUUUCUUAUCGAGGAGGAAUGACUGAGGAGAAGAAAAUUUUGAGGCGGAAGGAACUUGCUAAAUGGUUGAAGGAAAGUAUUUUGAGAUUGGGCCCUACUUUCAUCAAAAUAGGACAGCAAUUCUCUACAAGAGUGGAUAUUCUUGCACAGGAAUAUGUUGACCAGCUAUCUGAGCUUCAGGAUCAAGUUCCCCCAUUCCCCUCUGAAACUGCCAUAUCAAUUGUUGAAGAAGAACUUGGAGCUCCUGUGGAUGAUAUUUUUGACCGAUUUGAUUAUGAACCUAUAGCUGCUGCUAGUUUGGGCCAGGUCCAUCGUGCAAGCUUGAAGGGCCAGGAAGCUGUGGUUAAAGUGCAGAGACCUGGUCUUAAGGAACUUUUUGACAUCGAUUUGAAGAACCUGAGGGUCAUAGCUGAGUACCUCCAGAAAGUGGAUCCUAAAUCAGAUGGUGCCAAGAGAGAUUGGGUUGCAAUUUAUGAUGAGUGCGCAAGUGUUCUAUAUCAGGAGAUAGACUACACCAAAGAAGCAGCUAAUGCAGAACUUUUUGCACAAAACUUUAAAGAUAUGGAUUAUGUAAAGGUCCCAAAUGUCUACUGGGAAUAUACAACUCCUCAGGUGCUGACAAUGGAAUAUGUUCCAGGGAUAAAAAUAAACAGGAUAAAACAGUUAGACCAGUUGGGUGUCGAUCGCCAGAGAUUAAGUCGAUAUGCUGUAGAGUCCUACCUGGAGCAAAUUUUAUCUCAUGGUUUUUUCCAUGCUGAUCCGCAUCCUGGAAAUAUAGCUGUAGAUGAUGUCAAUGGUGGGAGAUUGAUAUUCUAUGACUUUGGAAUGAUGGGAAGUAUCAGUCCCAAUAUCAGGGAAGGAUUACUAGAAACGUUCUAUGGUGUUUACGAGAAAAAUCCAGACAGGGUUCUUCAAGCAAUGAUCCAGAUGGGUGUCCUUGUUCCUACUGGCGAUAUGACUGCUGUUCGAAGGACAGCUCUGUUCUUUCUGAAUAGCUUUGAAGAGCGUUUGGCAGCACAAAGAAGAGAGAGAGAGGCAGCAAUUGCUGAACUUGGUUUUAAAAAGCAAUUGACUAAAGAAGAGAGGUUUGAAAAGAAAAAGCAAAGACUAGCUGCGAUAGGGGAGGAUCUUUUAGCCAUUGCUGCUGAUCAGCCCUUCCGUUUUCCAGCCACAUUCACGUUUGUAGUUAGGGCAUUUUCAGUUUUGGAUGGGAUUGGGAAAGGACUUGACCCAAGAUUUGACAUCACUGAGAUUGCCAAACCAUAUGCCUUGGAGUUACUUAGGUUUCGAGAAGCUGGCAUUGAAGUAUUCAUGAAGGAUCUUAGAAAAAGAUGGCAACGUCAAGCUAGUGCAUUCAACAAUCUCUUCAGACAGGCUGAUAGAGUUGAAAAGCUGGCAGAAGUAAUUCAGCGAUUGGAACAAGGUGAUCUCAAGCUACGCGUGCGAACUUUGGAGUCUGAGAGGGCAUUCAAAAGAGUUGCAAGCAUGCAAAGAACAAUUGGAAAUGCGGUUAUCGCUGGAAGUUUAGUAAAUCUUGCAACACUUUUGUAUCUGAAUUCCAUUCGAGUCCCUGCUAUGACUGCAUACAUAUUGUCUGCUGUCUUUGGGGUUCAGGUUCUCUUUGGGUUUCUCAAAGUGAAGAAAUUAGAUCAGCAAGAGAGAUUGAUAACCGGCACUGCUUGAGCUACCUUGUGCCUGGAGACACAAAUCCACGUUACUUUUUGUUGAAAUAUUCUUUUUUCCUUUUUAAGUUUUGGCCUUGUUCUAAUUAGUUGACCUGGAGAAGAGUUGUCAGGUCAUUUUCCUCUUUUUUUUUUUCAAUUGUUGUUUACUUUUGCCUGUAAUUUGUACUAUAGCAAUAGCAAAGGGAGCAAAGGGGGGCAAGGGGGAGGAUUGUAAAUAACAUACAAGUCUUAAGUACUGUGUCAUGGGAGGGUAGUUCCAAUAUAGAGCGUCAGUGUACAUCUAUCAUUUUCCAUGUUGGAUGAAUAUGUUCAAACCAAUAACAUGGGUAGAUAUCAACAGGGACGAUUUCUGAAAUUGUCAGCAAA